AUGGGCUCGAAACUCAAGGCAUCCAAGUACCAACGCCAACCCGGCGACCACACCUACCCCUGGCACAGUCGCCGAGGCAAAAUCUCUCGACACCUCAUCAUCCUAGUCGCCCUAGGUCUCAACGCCUGCAUCGCCGGUCUGGCUCUCGUCGUUCAAUGGGUCGAUAUCACCGUCACCGACUCGUCCCUCCCCAAGAUCGGUAGCAUGAAGGCGACCUAUAGCUACAAAAGCUUGCUCGCUCCAGGUGCUUCGCUACUCGGUUCUAUCAACGGAUUCAUCUCAGGCGCCGCCAUCGCUACUCUGGUCACGGCCUAUGCGAAGCGACGAGGAUUGGGUCGCGGGAUAUCGUUCGAUGAGAUCGGUUCCCUGAGCCAAUUGUCAUCGGGAGGGCUGCCUAUUGCCUUCAGUCGAUAUGCCUUAGCCGGCUUGGUCUUCUUGGCUGCCGACUCCCUGACUCGAGCAAGCAUCGUCGCCUCACUUACACCCACCGAUGGUCGAAUCGAAGCCGACGCUACUACAAACCUGAGAGCGUUCAGUACUUAUGAUGACGCUACGAGGAAUAUAACGUGCACUUACGGACGGUCCCCGGACUACGGAUACGGCAACAAUUGCCCCAUCAACGACCGAUACGGGAUGAUGCUGGAUGCAGGUGUUCGCAAGCUGCUAUAUCAAACUCCUGAAAACUAUACUCGAGACGGUAUCACCUAUCCCAGCAGAUUAGCCGGAAUCGCCGGCUAUGUAUCGACACUCUCGUCGACACUGCUAGGCCAGAGCAGCUCGGGCGCCUUGAAGCUAGCUACGACCGAUACCAUCGUGACUACCUGUAUACCCCGUUCGGUCGUCACUGUCGAGUGUAAAGAUAACCUCGAAGGUACGGGAAUGAGUUGGAACAACCUGGGCAAAACCGACACAUCGGGAUUCAUGGACACGCAACAAGCGCAAUUUUGUGGACGCAACAGAGGCUGUGGCGAUAUCACGCAGCGACCCGACUAUACUGCAGGGUCCGUCUUCGUGUUCACGGACGACUACUAUGAGAACGGCGAUCUGCCUCUUGUUAUCGCCGCUACGGGCGAUUACGCAGCCCAGAUGGGAACGAGCAACAUCUAUUGUCGUAUCAGCAGUGAAGAGACUAUGGAGCCCAUUCAGAUCCGAGGCAAUGCAGUGCAGAGUUCCAACCUCAUCCGAUGCGAUCCAAUCGACCAACCCAGCUUGGCAUUCACGGAAACGAUCAAUUUUAUGGGUCAAAUGGCUAUGCAGAAGCAGCAGGGUGAAGACGGUCGUUUCGAGCUGUUCGGAUUGCUAGGUAGCCGCACGUCAAGCCAGGAAAAGAGCAAUCGGGUUGCCGAGCUGAUCAAGGAAAUGGUAGCCAUCGGCGCCACGGAAAUGUAUGACGACCUGCCAACAUCGACAUCCUCCGCUACAACGCGAUAUCAACUGACGUCCCCCAAACCUCGACUGGGUCAGAAAGGCAGCUUAUACGUCCUCUUCUGCAUUCCUCCGCUCGUAUAUUGUGCCCUUAUCCUCCUAGGCUGGCUCUGGCUCGGCUUCAGGUUCUCCGGCGCCGCCCAUUGGUCUCCUCUCAGUCCGGUCGACAUGGCCAUCGCUGGCAUCGCCGUCCCUUCCAACAGCUCGGCCAAGGUCGCUUAUGGAGGUCUCGCUGGCGCGCCCAUCAAAUGGGCAAAAGAAAAGGUCCGGGUCCGACUCGCAGAAGUCCAACAUGAUCGUCUGGGUCUGUCGAUCGAUGCACCCGACGUGUGUCCAAAACCGCAGAAAGGCCGCUACUACGGAGGUCCUUCCUUGCCCGCCCAGCCUUCGCCAAUUUUGUUCGACCCCAAACUAGGCUCACCCCAAUCAGCAGCCUUGUCUUCACCAUACUCCAGCCCCAGCGUCGGUCAAACCGAUUACAACCCUUACUUUAGCGGAGUGCCUAUCGUCCCCUCUGUGGCAUACUCGCAGGGUCAACAUCAGGUGUGA